CGGGCUGCACCCCCAGGGCGAUGCCACAGCUGUAACAGAAUAGACACACCUGAGUGGCGCAGAGGGCCGGACGGUGCGAGGACUCUUUGCAACGCCUGCGGCCUGCACUACGCCAAAUUGGAACGCAAGCGGCAACUCGAGGCGAGGCAAAUACGACCGAAGACCCCUCCACGACCGUGA